AAACAAGAUUUCUCAAAAACACAAAAUAGAAACAUGGCCAUGAAGGAAGCGACCAUGAAGGACAGCGAUGCUGCUCCUAGUAAUGACAACAACCCAGAGCACUCGCUGGAGCGUCGAUUCCUGUACCAGAAUCCGAGUACAGGCGGCACAUCCUCGACCAGUCUGACGGUGCGACAAUUGUGUCGCAUGUUUUGUCCACCAUCAUCCAGCACGUCUCGAUUUACCGCCGAGUCGCAACUGUUGGGAUUACUCGACAAUGGCGAGUACGACGAGGAAUGGAAACCCGCCAAAAACAUUCCCGUGCUACGCCAUGCCGCGUCAUCGGCAUUCUACUAUACUACGCCACAGCAGGGACAACAGGGACCCGUCUCGUGUCGACAACUCGCCCAUGCCAUACGAGACGGUAUGGACAAAGUGCAAGUCUAUGGGGUCACCACAGGGAAUCAAUGGACGCUUCUCACGGCGCUGCCCGACCUUGUGGUGGCGUUCGAGGCUUUUCAAGAGGGCGCUAAACCACCACAACAACCAACGCAGGCUUUGAAUUCAAAUGCAGCAGCACAAGAGUACGAUGUAUCCGUCAUGGUCUAUGAGGACAACAGCAGUAUCAACGACCACAAACCCGAAGCACUGCAAGAAGAAGAAGAAGAAGACAAAACCAAAGAAUCCGAAAUCCAGAAUGAACUGGAAGCCUUUUUGAACUCGACCGACAAAAUGGGACCCAAAUCAAAUGGUGGUGAAAAUACACAACAACAAGACGACAACAAUAACGAGGAGGAAACCUACGAAAGCGAUGGGGGCACCAAAUAUGUCAAGGAUCCUCGUACGGGCAAUUGGAUACAUGAGGAUUUAUUGCCACAACAGCAACAACAACCGCCACGCAAAAAGGCCAAAACACAGCAUUCUACAAUUGGCAACAACAACAGCAACACUAGUACUACAACAGUCAACAAGGACAACAACAAGAAUAACAACAACACCAAAAAGAAAUCCAAAAAGUCCAAGUUUGCCGCCAAAAAUGCAAAGUGUUGGAUUUACAUUACCGGACUUCCACCCGAUACAACCGAAGAUGAAUUGGCCAAAUUCUGUUCCAAAGUGGGCAUUAUUGAUUUAGAUCCAGCCACACAACGGCCCAAAAUCAAACUCUAUCGAGACUCGCAACAUCAAUGCAAAGGAGACGCAUCACUCUGCUACGCAAGACCGGAAUCGGUGGAAUUGGCGUUGCAAGUCUUGGAUGAAGCGCCGUUUCGCCUUACAUUAUCGUCGAAUAUCAUUCGAGUAGAACGAGCCAAAUUUCAACAACGGGGCGAUCAUCAUACGACCAAAAAGAAGGUAUCGGACGCCCAACGCAAAGUGGCCAAACUCGCCACCCAACAAGCCGUCGAUUGGGACGAAGGAGAAAUCAAUGGUCGAUUGACGGGAGGACGCAAGGGAUUGCAUAUUAUCGUUCUGCGCAAUCUAUUUCAUGCUAGUGAUUUGAAGGAUGACAAUGACGACAAUGACAAAAAUCAAAAAUUGGAAUUGUUGGAACGCAAGGUCCGGAGUACGUGCGAACAAGAAUUUGGAACGGUCGAAAAGAUUACCGUGUUUGCUAGAAAAGGUGUGGUUGUGGUCAAGUUUGCCCAGCCGGGGGCCGCCAGUGAUGCCGUCAAGGCGUGGCAUGGUCGGGUGUUUGAACUAUUUGGCAAUGACAACAACAACAACCAUACAGUACAAGCAUCCUUUUGGGAUGGUGUGGAAGACUUUACGAUUCGCAAUGAAGCGGCAGAACAAGCGGAUAUGGAACGGCGGCACGAUGCCUUUGGGGAUUGGAUCGAAAGUCAAGAGGAGCUGCCUCCAGAGUUGCGUCUCAAAACCGAAACUUGA